AUGAUUGAGCCCACAGAGUCCCUUCUUAAAUAUGACACUCCGAUUUCAAUCAGCAAAGGCCGGGUUAGGAAAACAGUAAAGGUGCGCCCAUUUAAAGUGAGCCCGCAACAGCCUGCUGACUCCCCUGUGCCUCCUCCCCCGAAAACAAAAUCAGGGUCACCUGAAGAUGAGGAAAUCCUUAACGUCAUCUUUCCACCCAGGGAGUGUCUGGAGGGCAACCAGCUGUGGGUGCAGCGGGUAUCCACUGCGCCGUGUACACGGGCCGACGUGGUCAACCUGGAGGAAGUGCUGGACAGGAAGUUGCAGCAGAAGCGGGCCUUGGAGACAGGCAUCUGUCCCGUGCGCAGGGAGCUGUACUCCCAGUGUUUUGACGAGCUGAUCCGACAGGUGACCAUCAACUGCACUGAGCGGGGCCUCCUGCUACUGCGCGUCCGAGAUGAGAUUCAACUGAGCAUCACAGCUUACCAGAGCCUUUACGAGAGCAGCGUGGUCUUCGGCAUGAGGAAAGCCUUGCAGGCCGAGCAGGACAAGAUGGACAUGCGGCAAAGAAUUAGCAAUCUGGAAAAGGAGAAACAGGAUCUGACAAAGCAGUUGAACGAGCAGAAGGCCGAAUGGAUUGCCAACGAGAAAAGGAACGAGGAAAAAUGGGAAGGGCAGGAAAAGAAACACAUGGAGCAAAUUCAGUUUCUAAAGAGGACCAACCAACAGCUCAAGGCCCAGCUGGAAGGGAUGGUCACACCAAAGAAGUAACGUCCAAGCUGCAACGCUUCCUGUAACUUCAUUAUGUGACUAUAAACUGAAGGUCGCGAGUGAGCUGAAGAACUACCCCAGCAGACUUUGGGCGAGAGGCAGGCUACACCCAGAACUGGUCCCCAGCCAAUCGCAGGACACAAACAGACAACCAUUGACACUCACACCUACUGAUAAUUUAAAGUCUUCAAUUAACCUACCAUGUAUGUUUUUGGAAUGCGGGAGGAAACCGGAGUAACUGGAGAAAACCCAAACAGGCACGGGGUGAACAUGCAAACUCCACACAGGAAGGCUGGAGCCUAGAUUUAAACCCACGACCUCUGAAGUGUGACAGGGGUUAUCCACCGUGUUUGAGUAACAUUACAGACAAUAUUUGUUAUCAUCAGGCUUGGGGUGUAAUGGAAUACAUUUAAAGGGAUUAUGUCAUGAAAAUACAAAAAAAGGUAACUGGAUUCCAUUAAAGAAAUUUUUAACAGAUUAAAGGGAAAAUAUUUUCAAAUUUGAAUUUUUUUUUGCAGGAUUACAAUUUUAAUGCAGGAGAGGCAUCAUUGUAUCAUAAAGUGGGAGGUGUGUGUCAGUGAAGGAAGGGGUUAAGAUAUAAAUUACGCUAACUGCAUUGGUGGCCUUCAUCAAUUUUAAUUUCUCCUCUUUUUUUUCAUUUCACUCGGUAUGACACACACAAUGAGUCAUGUGGAAAGGUUUUAAAAACUUUGUUAUGAAGCCAGGCAGCAGAGUGAACAAUAGGUCAGCACGUCUGUCUCACUGUUCUGAGGUUUUGGAUUUGAAUCCUGGGUGCU